AUGUUGUUUCAAAUACCGAGCUUAAAAAGGGGAAUAUCCACUGCCCCUACGCUGCUGAGAGAGUGGAGGCUUGUCGAAAGCAGAAGUGUUGCCAAACAGCCUGAGUUCAAAAUCGGUGACGCCCGGCCUGUGUAUGUGCCUAAACAGCGCAAGGUGUUCCCAGAAUACAAAUUUGGCGAGUCCAAGAUCUUCAAGCAAAGUAACAAGGGUCUUUACGGUGGAUCUUUUGUUCAGUACGGUAACAACAUUGCGGAAUCCAAAACCAAGACCCGUAGAAGAUGGCUACCAAACGUGGUUAGAAAGGGACUGUGGAGUGAAAGUUUGGAUCGCAAAAUCAGUAUACGGAUGACCGCUAAAGUGCUAAGAACUAUCACCAAGGAGGGUGGAAUCGACAAUUAUCUCACAAAAGACAAAUCAGCACGGAUUAAGGAAUUAGGCCCUACUGGAUGGAAACUCCGCUACCGUGUGUUACAGAAACAGGAACUAAGUGAAAACCCACCCCACAAGGACGCAUACGACGUGGAAGGCGCCGAUGGUGUCAAAUACCGAGUUUACUUCGAGGCACCUGUUGGGGGAACCACAAUUCGCGUUACGUGCGGCCGUCGUAAGCUCAUGCAGCAUCUAUACCCAUUGGAAAAGCUGGAGCGUCGAGCCGAUGGGUUGGAAUUGAGCUACCGCCAAUUCCUAGACCAGUAUAAGGACUCUGAUGCAGUGCAGGUCUUGGAAGCGUUGCAGCGCCACGGAUUUGAUUUGAAGACCGUGAGUGUCUAA